AUGGAAACGGCGAUAUUAUCAUGCAGGUGUAUCGACACCCCGCCCCCAUCCAGCGUGGAGGCUCUCCAGUUCAGUCCCGACGGCCGCUGGUUAGCCGCGGGCAGAUCAAGUGGAAUAGUGGAAGUUUUUAGUUCUGCGAGUCGUCAUUUGAAAGUGAGACUCUCCGCCGCCUCCUGCAGCUCCGUCCGCAACAUCUUGUGGCUGCCUUUGACUGCGGAGGCGGCGGCCUUUUGGGCUGCGUCGGAGGCCGGCGGCGCUGCAGCAGACUCCGCGGCCCGCAGCAGAUUCGCAGAAGUUUCUCUUUUCGAGUGGCGCCUCGUCACUGCGGGCCUCCACGGGGUCAUUACUGCGUGGAACUUGCGCACAACUCGCGUGCAGGCAGAAAGCCCUUCAAAUGGAGGCGCUGUCUUCUCUCUUUGCCUCUGCCCCCCAGAAGUGGGGCUGCCAGCUUUUGCUGCUGCAUGCGACGACGGCCGAGUGCGGCUGCUGCUGCUGCAGGGCGCAGCAGAAAAGGCCUGCAGCACAAAUGGCGGCGAUCUUUACUCGCAGAAUCUGCAGGGCGAAGAAACUUCAACUCAAAUCCAAAUAACACACACUCUCCCUAAGACCAAAUGUCCGCACAGCACCAGCAGCAGCAGCAGCACCAGCAGCAGCAGCAGCAGCAGAACCAGCACCAGCAGCAGCAUGACCAGCAGCAGCAUGACCAGCAGCAGCAUAACAAGCAGCAGCAUAACCAGGGGCAGCAGCAGCAGCAGCAGAAAGGACGGGAGGGCGCAUGCAGCUCAGCCUCGCUCGCGGGACUCUGUUGUGCUGCGCUGCUGCGCUGCAGGCCGGCUGCUGUCAGUCUGCUGGUACUCCAGCGAUCUCGUCUUCGCCGGAAAUUCGAAUUCUUCGAUUUUGCGUUUUUCGCGUUCGGGCCAGCAGAGCCCGUUCGUGGCGGACGGCCAAAUGGCCCUGGACUGCCGGCCCCAGGGCGGCGACAAGCCGGAAAGCAGCAGCACGCUGGUGUGGCGGCUGCAGGCGCUGCGGCGCAGGGCUUUGCUGCUCAGCGCAGACAGCCGCGGCCGCAUUACUGUCUGGGCUUUGCCCGCGGGGGUGGCGCUGCAGACUUUGCAUGUGCACGUGGCGGAUGUGCUGGACAUACAGCUGGUGGAGUGUACGGACAGCUGGCUCGCGGGCUCCCGCGGCCAAGACGCCCCGCCGCUCCCCACAAAUGAAGAAGUUGUUUUGUCGGUGGGGGUCGACGGCAAGCUCUCCGCCAUCAGCAGAACAGAGCAAGACCGCUGGGCCGUGCGCGCCUGCCGGUACCCACAUUUGUGCGACAGCCAGGCCCUGGCCUUUCUCCCCAAAGUCCCGGGGGGCCCCCCGGGGGGCCCCCAGGGGGGCCCCCCCGGCUCUUUAGUUGUCACAGGCGCAGCAGAUGGCAGCAUCAAAUGCAUGCGAAACAUCACGGAGCUCGCAGGCCUCAAGGCCCCCUGCUUGCCCUUCUGCGUGUCGCCUUCACUUCGGGGCCUCCAGCGGCCAAAAGUGAUUUGGAAGAAAAGGCUUUUGGUUUGUCCAUCUGCCACGGAAGUGGGCAUUUGGCACAUCCAAGACAGCGCAGUCUGCAGCGGGAACUUGCAAGAACAGGACCCUCGCCAGCCCCCUUUAGUGAAACUUGCAAAAGUUACUCUUCAUAAUGAAACAAAAGUGAACUGCUGCGACUUAGCCAAAGACGGCCAGCUCUUGGCUGUCGGCAGCAACGAGGGGCUCCACUUGUUUGGUUUCCACCUCAAGGAGUUAGAAAUAAGGGACUUGGAAUGCUUGGGCAACUGCCACAUUGUUGAGAUGGUGACAGCUCUUCAGUUUGUGGCUCGCGGAGUUCUCGCGUGUUGUUUUUUUUCUAAGAAAAACCGAAAGACUUCGAACUACCGGCGCCUGCGUUGCGCCGCGGGGGCCCCUGCGGGGGCCCCCAGGGGGGCCCCUGAGGAGGACUCUGCGUCUGUGCCAAGUAGGGAAGAGAAGAAGCAGAAGGGCAGGGGGAAAGCUGAAGACUCUGGCGCAAAGAAGUGGAUUCAUAAAGAAAUUGCUUCUCUUAGAGAGGCAGAGGCCCUUCGGGACUGCGAGGGGGAGAUGGAAGGCACUUUCUGUCUUUCUUUUCUCAAAGUCGCAACUGGACAGGAACUUGCAUCUGUGCGGGACUUGCCAUUCCCAAUUGUGCACAUGAUGCUGAGCCCCGACGGCCGGCGUCUGGGGUGUCUGAACAGCAACAGUUCGAUUUUGCUGUUUGAUGUGGGCACAUUGGACUUGAUUUAUUUCCUGCCGAACAUAUUUAGAUGGGGAGAACACGUCGCCAGCUUCUGCUUCUCCCCGGACUCCUCGCAGCUGUUUGUCUUGGGCACUCGCAACGGCUAUUUCACAAUAGAAAUAGACCAAGAAGGUGCUUCGCAGCAAGAAAGUGGUGAAGGAAACAACAAAGCUUCAAAAGAAUCCGAAAAUUCCGAUAAAAGUAACGCGAAAAUGCACAGACGGCGGCGCGACGUUCGAUCAAUCCCCGCGCGUCAGUUUUCGCGGGAAGAUGGCUGCAUUGUGGACUGCAAGUGGGUGGAAGGCGAGGGGAAUUCAUCUUCCGUGUUGUGUUUGACUCCUUCAACUUUGUACAAGUUGUGUUUGUGGGACGCCGCGGACUUUGCGGAGGCAAAGUCUGCACAGCAAUUGCAAAAAAAGAAAAGAAAAGAAAUUCGACUUCUGAAUCUCAGCAGCGACUCCGAGGGGGAUAAAGAUCCGCAGGAAAAGCCAGUGCGCCCUCCCCACCGCCAACUGAAGAAGAGCAGGCCAGUCGGGGCCAUCUCGAUCUCGUCGGCUCCAGCCUACGCAGCUUCCUUCUGCGUGCCCCGCGUGCUGCCGGAGUCCAUGUUUUCAUCUGGAAGAGGAAACACGGAAGCAGCAGCAGCAGCAGCAGCAGGAGCUUCUGCCCUGUGGGGCCCAGAAGGCCCCCCCUGUGUUUCCCCGGGGGGCACUGACAGCACGCGGUCUUCUGCGACGACUCCCGCGGACUCUCCUGUGAGCCACGAGAGGGGCCUCAACGGAGAUACCACAGCAGCAGCAGCAGCAGCAGCAGCGGGCAGCAGCAGCAAGACCCGCGGCGCGAGCUGCUGCGUGCAGGCGGCGCGGGCGCUGCGCCGCAGCGAGGGCAGAAGCUUCGUGGGCUUUGCGUUUGAGAAGUGCGACGCGGGGACGCAACUCGGGAGUGAAAACGCCGGACCAAGUGGACCAGUGGACCACGCACUGGUCUUGCUGGAGCUGGUGCACCCGGGGGGCCAGGGGGAGCCCUCGCUGCCGCCUUUCAACCGAAAGCGAUACGGCACUUAG